AUGAGCCCGCAAUGCCAGCGCUGUGUCAAAAGGCAGAUUCAGUGUUCGUUUGUCGAGGACGGUCCGGAGCGGCUCUCGUCACCAUCGGGGAACAUCAUGGUCUUUGACAGGUGGACAACCAAAAGUCUUGACAAUCCACCGCCUCCAAGUUCAGACCCAGAUCAGCCACGCCAAGGGUCGACUCCGAGCGCGAGUCCUCAGUCUGGUGUGGUGACUGGGGGAGAUGCCUUGCAGCGGGGAGGCAAACGAUUCGACAUUUUGGACCUUGAACUCAUCCAGCACUAUUCAACUCGUACAUACAUGACCAUGUCAUCCAGACUAUCCUCCCAUGCUGUGUGGCGUGACACGGUCUUUGCGGAGGCAUUGUGCCACGAUUUUCUUCUUCAUGGUGUAUUGGCAACAUCGGCGCUGCACAAAGCAACAAUGCAGCCCAAAACAUCUGACGUCUAUGCCGAGUAUUCCAAGGUUGCUUUGGCCCAUCAAAACGCCGCACUCGCCGGGUAUAUCCCCGCGGUCAGCAAGCCUAGCCAAGAAAACGGCAUCGCCCUGUUUUGCGUCUCCCUUCUUCUUGCAAUCUGGGCUUUCGCUUCGAAAAGGCUGCCCGAGGGCUUGAACAGCGUCAAGCUAGAGUUCGGACAAGGAGAAGUGUCUCCAGGGGUCACACUACCCCUACACUCACCCACGGCCGAUUUCAUAGAGAUCAUCAUGAUCCUUAGAGGAAUAUAUGCCGUGUUCCGUGAGACAGACUCCUGGCUUCAGGGUGACAUCGAGGAACUGCUGCGUUAUCCUCGGGAUGCAGACCUUCCCCCUCAUUCCGCCGAUGUUGUGGAAGCAUUUGAGGUGCUGGCCAAAGCACUCGAAGAUCCCGAAUUGGUCCCCCUCCUAGACUAUGAAGGGUCGAAAACCACAAAGGGUCUUCUUCUCGAGCAAUUGGGACGACUGCAUAGCAUCUCUCGAUGCCGCUCUGUUGUCGAGUGGGACGGCCAUAUCUUCACUUGGUUUACCAUGGCCCCUUUGCCAUUUAUCAAUUGUCUGAAACAAGGCAACCCCGUGGCUCUGGCUCUCUUUGCGCACUGGGCGGCCAUGUUCCAGUGUAUGGAUCAUCACUGGUGGGCAACCGGCUGGGCCUACAGUUUGGUUGCCGACGUCUCGAGUCUUCUCGAGCCAGUCUGGGCCCGAUAUCUGGACUGGCCCAGAAGACAAGUCGGUCUGGUGUUCCAGGAAACCGGCUGCUUUGAGGGCCGCCGAUGA